AUGACACCAACACGUAAAGCAUUGUCACUAUUGACAUGGGCGUCGCUGAUGGCGCUCCUGAGUCUGCUCGCAUCCCCCGUGGCGGCGCGCAAAAAGAUGCUCAUCUAUACCUACACACAAGGAUUUCGCCACUACUCGAUCCCAACAGCAACCAAAGUGGUGCAGCAACUCGCUCAAGAUGCGCGUCCACGUAUCGAGACGGUGCACUCGGAGGAUCCGACCGACUUUGAAAGGAAGGACUGGCUCUCGCAGUUUGACAUGCUCAUGUUCAUCUCGGUCUCUGGCAAAGCGCUCUCGGACGAUGGAGCAGAUGCGCUUCGCCAGUAUAUUGAAGCCGGCGGUGGCUAUCUUGGCGUACACGAGGCAUGCGAUGCACUGUAUGAGCACCACUGGUACGGUCGUCUGGUGGGCGCCUACUUCAACUACCAUCCGCAGAUCACACAUGCGACACUCAACAUCAUCAACCAAACGCAUCCUGCUACGCAGCAUCUCAAGAAUCAAUGGAGGGUAUACGAUGAGAUCUACAAUUACAAUUCGAAUCCUUCCAGAUACGGCAAGCAGUACCUUAUCACCGUUGAUCAGUCUUCGUACAACGAUCCCGUUGAGACGGCGGAACAACGAGCUGAGGAGCAAGGCGAUCCGCAUCCAAUCGCGUGGUGGAAGGAGGGCGACCAGCUCUCCUACAACCCUCACGUCAAGGUGGGCGGCGGCACGGACCCAACCAAGCAAGAGAUUCGUUCUGGCAAAGCAGGUACCGGUGGACCAGGUCGAAGCUUUUACACUUCCUUGGGCCACACCAACACCAUGUGGCAUGAUGAUAAUUUCCAGCAACACAUUAUGGGUGCAGUCAGCUGGUUAAUGGACUCGCCCGUGUUGAGGUCGUCAUCACCCACGCCUGCUGCCGGCGCUGUAGGAUCCGACUACUACGCACCAGACGUGUAUGCCAACGAGACAACGGCGCCCGGAACGAGUCGGGUGAGUUCGGGAGUAGGCAUCUCGACGCUUGUAGGUACACCGGUGCCUCAUUCCAAGUCGGUCCUCUCCGACAGCGGUGCUUGUUCCACAAGAGCACAGCUGACAGUGGCGUCAAUAUCGAGCGUGGCAAUAGCGCUUUUAGCAUCGUCGCUGAUCGUUUUGAGCUCGUGGUAA